GCGGCCGCCAUCUUGCGUACGGAGGUGCGGCUUGUUGCCCGUAGCCUCCUGGCUGGGGCUCAGUCCUUCCAGCUCUCUGCUCCUGUGCGUCUUCUACGCGUUUUCUUUCCCCUUCACAGAGGUUUGCGUCUGUCUAAGGGAGGGCUCGUUGGAAAGUCCAGUUCCAUGCAGAGCUGUAGAGUAAGAUGUCUCAUGGUGAAAUUGAAACUAAAUUUUUGGGACCUGGAGAACUGGCAAAUGGACCGUGCCAUAAAAGAUUGAAAGCAACUGCAGAGCCUUUUGUUUUCCCCCAUCACAGUAGUACUGAUUUUCACAAAAUCCGAGAGAAAACUGGAAAUGAUUGGGUCCCUUUGACCGUUGAUGGCGGAAGACAUGGUUAUCCUCAAGUGGACAAAACCAGAACUACAGAUUUGCCGAAACCUUUGCAUAAUGAGAUGCCUGAAAAUAAAUCAGAUGCUAUUAAAUCCACUAAUUCACAAGUUUUACAGGAUGCAAGUCCUUCGUUGAUAACUAGAGAUGAUGAAAUAUAUAGUACAAGUAAAGCAUUUAUAGGCCCUAUUUACAAACCCCCUGAGAUAAAGAAAUGCAAUGGAAAGACAGAUACUUUGAGUGGAAUAAAUGGCAAAAGAAGGCGAGAAGAAAAACAGAAAUUUAACUCCAAAAAACUAGAGAUUGACAGUGAAUUGUCUCAGUUUUACAAAGAAAUUGAAGAGCUUGAAAAUGAGAAAGAUGAUUCAGAAAGCAGUUGUAAGGAACCUGAACCUUCUCAGGAACAACUUACUCCAUAUUACCAGGAUCAUAAUAAGGAUUUUUUAAAAUCUGAUGAAGAAAAGGAAGAUUUUAGUAAUGCUCUUCAGUCGCAUUGUGAUUAUCAGCAGUGCUUGGGGGAUGAGCCAGGCAACUAUUUCCGUAAUGGACAAGAAAUAGCUGCAUUUUGUGAUGCUGCUUUUACUUCAUUCAGGCCUGAAUGGCAGUCAGUGCAUCCUUUUGUAGUACCUCAUGGUCCUCCCCUUCCCAAUUUUGACUAUCAUUUAAAUAUUCAGCAAUUCAGUGCUCCACCAAAUCCACCGCCAUAUAUUUUCCAUGCCCAAGAUGAAUCUCUGACACAAAAUGGAUAUUACGAUAAUAGUUGUCAUGUUAAGUGGAAUUCUUUGACUUUUGGUGAGAACAGUGAUUCUGGCUAUGGAGAGAACAUUAGUGUUCAUCCCUCUAGAAAUGUCUGUGGUACACAAGAUGGAUAUGUGAAUGGUUUCUGUGAAAUCAUAGAUGGAUGCUGGAAAGAUCCUUCUGUGGACAAGCAUAAUGGGAUAGAUAGGUUUGUGAACCAGCAGUUUCAAGAGGAAAAGUUCAAUAAAUUGCAAAAGUUGCUUAUUCUUCUAAGAGGUCUGCCUGGUUCUGGGAAAACAACGUUGUCUCGAAUUCUGCUUGGUCAGAGUCGUGAUGGCAUUGUGUUCAGCACUGAUGACUAUUUUCACCAUCAAGAUGGGUACAGGUAUAAUGUUAAUCAACUUGGUGAUGCCCAUGACUGGAACCAGAGCAGAGCAAAACAAGCUAUCGAUCAGGGGAGAUCUCCAGUUAUAAUAGACAACACUAAUACACAGGCUUGGGAAAUGAAGCCAUAUGUGGAAAUGGCCAUAGGAAAAGGAUACAGAGUAGAGUUUCAUGAACCUGAAACUUGGUGGAAAUUUGAUCCUGAAGAAUUAGAAAAGAGGAAUAAACAUGGUGUAUCUCGGAAGAAGAUUGCUCAGAUGUUGGAUCGUUAUGAAUAUGAAAUGUCCAUCUCUAUUGUAAUGAAUUCAGUGGAACCACCACAGAAAAGCACACAAAGACCUCCUCCUCCACAGGGGAGACAGAGAGAAAGAGUUAUGAAGAAAACAGGGUACACAUUCUGUAAAACCAAACAGAAGAGAAGCAGAAAAAGAAAGAAAAAGCAGAACAAUGAUAGUAAAAUCGUAGAAGAAAACUCACUUGAAACUUUAAAUUAUGUUACACCAGGAGAUCAAGACCCAUCUCAAAGCGAAGAGGAAGACUUGGGAGAAUCAGGAUGUCCCUUGACUGGUGAUCUAGGAAAUGAACUACAAGAUUCUGUGAGUGGCUAUAAAGAAAAAAGUUGGAAAUACACAGAUCCUGAAGACAGCUUUCCAAAUGUUACAUCUGUAAUUGAGUUGGACAACACACCAGAAAAUCACCUUCCUAAGGAAGGUGAUGACUUAUUUCCAACUUUUUUAUCAAUGCCAAAUCAAAGUUCUGCUACUUGUCCAACAGGGACUCAAAAUCUUUCCUGUGUAACAAGGGAUGACUGCUCUGACAUGAAGGUGGAAGAGCCUAUUGAGAAUAGGCACACCCUGGCAUCAAAGAUCCAGGACCUAUUUGCUGAAACCCCAAGCUCAUUUAUGCAGAAGAGAGAGAGGAUAGAUAAAAGUCUCCCAAAUGAACCAAUUCUGUGCCAUCAACAUGGAUCUAGAGCUUUGGAUGAAGCUUCAGUAGAGGAACAAAGAGUACAUGCAACUCAAACCAAUUAUUGGGCUUUUUUCACAACUAACUUAUCUGAUGAAUUACAGCAGGGCUCUGAUAGACAACCCAAUUUUGGUAGCUGGCCUGAGGGACCUCAUAAGUUUGUAUGUGAGCAGAGAGCAAAGAAACAAAGAUCGCGUAAACAGGCCUGCCCUGACAGCAGAGAGCAAUUGAUUAAAUUGAUUUCCACUUCUGACGGAGCUUCAGAAACAUUGACAGGGGACAAUCUACCAGUAGGAAAUGAAGAUUUGCCACCUCCAACUGAAAGUGUAGGUUCAUUCAUAGAAACAGAAACCAAUGUCUUUAUAAGUUGCUCACCUCACCUGGAUAUCCCAAGGAGUGCCUUAGGAUCAACAAAGAAUAAGAAAGAGAGACAGAAAAGAAUUUUCAGUUUGGCACCAAACUUUCACAUACUAGAACAGUGUCAUAUAGAUGAAAAACAAAGAGAGGAAUGUGACCUGUUCACCAAAAACCACGGACUAAAAAUAAUAUUGGGAGGAGAAAAAGAUAGAAUUUCAGAAAUGAAUAACAAAGAGGAAGAUAAACAAAAAAUUAUAACCUUUGAUCAUCAACCCUCAUGUUUUCACCUUGAUGUAAUCAAAGAUUCCCCUAUAAAUAUUGGUGGACAAUUUUAUUCUCAUUGUCUGUCAUUUAGCAGACUAAGAGACUCCGUGUAUUUUUACAAAAACCCUGUUCCUUCUCUUGUGCUAUACUACAUGGUUAGCUCUUGGAAGACACCUUUUACAAACAAGAGACCAUUUGUGACUUUCAAAUCUCAGACAAGAGUAGGUGAUAAACUAAAGGAUGUAGGGUUUAUUUCUUCCGAAAUGUUAAGUAACCAGCCUGAAAGUUUGCACUCUCUGUGGGUCACUUCUGAUCUUUACUUUUUAAAUGAAAGAUUUGGUGAAAAGCUGAAGAUAUGGGAAGAGUCUAAGCCAUUACAGUGCCUACCAGCUGAAGAGAUUCAGGAUGUAGCAAACCCUGGCUUUCAUUCCCUUGGGCUACCAUUAUCACAAGGAUUUGCCUUUCAACUAGUAAAGCUUUUUGGAUCUCCUGGAGUUCCAAUGGAAUCACUGCUGCCUGAUGACUAUGUGAUCCCCCUUGACUGGAAGACACUCAAGAUGAUUUAUUUGCAGUGGAAGGCAUCAAUAGAGAAAAGACAGAAGAAGAUUGAUUAAAAAAUGAGAAUUCUUUGAAAUGCUCUCUAUCGGAUGAUGUAAAUGGCCUGGGGAGAAGGCUAUCUGUUGUGUCAAGGUAAGAUCCUGGGGACGGGGAAGGGAGAUGUGGAGGACGCAAAGCAAGUGCACAGCCACUGCGUGCUGAGCGUAUGCCUGGCACUCACAGACACGGUUUGUUGGGUCUUCACAAUAACCCUGUGAUCUCCAGUAGCUGCUUUUAUUUAUAGGUGAGGACAUGAACAUCAGAGAAAACCUAUGGGGUUUCCCAGCACUUCGAGUAGUCUUACUCUCCUGGGGAUAUUCACAGACAAAUGCACCUCUGUCCACUUCUCACACUUAUUGGGGAUCCUGUACAAUUGACUAGCUGGGACCUUUCAGUGUUCUUUUUCUAUAAUUCUAAGGCUCUGAUGAAAAAUUCUGAGAGCAGCUUUCUCAAGCAGUGCCUUCCAGCAUUAUUUGCCUUAUAUCUUGUUGGUUAAAUAGAUAUUUCUUUCAUGAAUUUGAGAGAGAGAGAGGGAGGGAUAUAUAUAUAUAUAUAUAUAUAUAUAUAUAGAGAGAGAGAGAGAGAGAGAGAGAGAGAUCUUCCAUUUGCUGCUUUACUCUCCAGUUGCCUGCAACAGCCACGGCUGGGCCACGCCAAAGCCAGAAGUUGGAAUUCCAUAUGGGUGGCAGGAAUGAACCCGAGUACUUGAGCUGUUGUUCCCUGCCAGCCUCCCAGGGUGUGUGUCAGCAGGAAGCUGAUGCCAGAGCAGAGCUGGGACUUGAACCAGGUAUUCUAAUAUUGGAUGCAGGCGUCCCAUGUGGCAUCUUAAGUGCUGUGCCGAAUUCCCUGCCUUAUCUAUUUCUUUUACUGGAAUGUAAACUUUAUGAGCUAUAAUCGAAGUUCCAUGACAACAGGAAGUUUAUUCUAAAAGAAGGCCUGGCACAUAAUAAGCAUUCACUAAAUACCUGAUGAAUGGGUUUGCUAAUGAAAGGCAUUGCCAGAAGCCUCCUAAGAGGUGGGAGCUUGGAUGUUGGCAUGGCUCUUGAGUAAAGAAUAAAAUAAAAAAUGAGAUUAGGUGCAUAAAGAGAACUUUACAAGAAUGAAGGGGAUAUGGAGCAUCAAGAAGGGGAGGAACAAAAUGAGGGAAUAGCUACCCCCAAAUUCUCUUCAACUCAGUGUACAAGGCAGCUAUUCCUAUCUUUUUUUUUACUGCUAUAUAGUAUUCUUUUUUUUAUUUUUUUUAACUUUUAUUUAAUGAAUAUAAAUUUCCAAAGUACAGCUUAUGGAUUACAAUGGCUUCCCCCCCAUAACGUCCCUCCCACCCGCAACCUUCCCCUCUCCCACUCCCUCUCCCCUUCCAUUCACAUCAAGAUUCAUUUUCGAUUCUCUUUAUCUACAGAAGAUCAGUUUAGCAUACAUUAAGUAAAGAUUUCAACAGUUUGCUCCCACACAGAAACAUAAAGUGAAAAAUAAUAGAUGAUUUUUUAAAUGAUGAUGAAAUCAGAUCAGACCUAUUGUCAUGUUUAAUCCCAGUGAGAGUCAAGUUGGGAAUUGAUAAUUUCUUUUUUUUUUUUUUUUUUUUUUUUUUUACAGAAGAUCAGUUUAGUAUACAUUAAGUAAAGCUUUCAACAGUUUGCACCCCCAUAGAAACACAAAGUGAAAUAUACUGUUUGAGUACUCGUUAUAGCAUUAAAUUUCAAUGUACAGCACAUUAAGGACAGAGAUCCUACAUGAGGAGUAAGUGCACAGUGACUCCUGUUGUUGACUUAACAAAUUGACACUCUUGUUUAUGGCCUCAGUAAUCUCCCCAUGCUCCGGUCAUGAGUUUCCAAGGCUAUGGAAGCCCCUUGAGUUCUCCGACUCUUAUCUUGUUUAGACAAGGUCAUAGUCAAAGUGGAGGUUCUCUCCUCCCUUCAGAGAAAGGUACCUCCUUCUUUGAAGACCUGUUCUUUCCACUGGGAUCUCACUCACAGAGAUCUUUCAUUUAGGUUGUUUUUUUUUUUUUUUUUUUUUGCCAGAGUGUCUUGGCUUUCCAUGCCUGAAAUACUCUCAUGGGCUUUUCAGCCAGAUUGGAAUGCCUUUAUGGCUGAUUCUGAGGCCAGAGUGCUGUUUAGGACAUCCGCCAUUCUAUGAGUCUGCUGAGUAUCUCGCUUCCCAUGUUGACAGGCAGAGUUGGACAGUGAGAGAGAGGGAGACAGAGAGAAAGGUCUUCCUUUUCCAUUGGUUCACCCCACAGAUGGCUGCUACAGCCGGCGCACUGCACCGAUCUGAAGCCAGGAGCCAGGUGCUUCUCCAGGUUUCCCAUGCAGGUGCAAGGCCCAAGCACUUGCGUCAUCCUCCACUGCCUUCCUGGGCCCCAGCAGAGAGCUGGACUGGAAGAGGAGCAACUGGGACAGAAUCUGGCACCCCAACCGGGCCUAGAACCCAGGGUGCCAGCGCCGCAGGCAGAGGAUUAGCCUAGUGAGUCGCGGCGCCGGCUGCUAUUCCUGUUUUUAACAUGUGAAAAUGUUCUGAUAUACCAGUUUGGAUUUAAAAAUUAGAAUCAAGAGCAAUCUGUUGUCCCAGGUAAGCAGUAGUCAGAAGACAGCCCAAAGUGACUUUUUCCCUUUGUGGCUACUCUUCUGUUAUCUGUAACCAAUCUGUGACAUUCUGGGGAAAGAGAGCUACCAUGUAGUUAGUACUGUGGUAGGUGUGCCUGAUACCUGGUUAUAUUAGCAUGACUGAGUUGAUCAAUAGAACACAAAUCAGGAGACACCUGUACCAGUGCAGAUCCCUUUUUUUUUUUUUUUAAAGAUUUAUUUAUUUAUUUAAGAGGCAGAAUUAGAGACAGAGGGAGAAAGAGAGGGAGAGGUCUUCCAUCUGCUGGUUCACCCCCCAAAUGGCUGAAACAGAGCUGGGUCGAUCCAAAGCCAGGAGCCGGGAACUUCUUUCGGGUCUCCCAUGUGGGCGCAGGGGCCCAAGCACUUGUGCUAUUCUCCAGCACUUUCCCAGCUAGCAGGGAGCUGGAUCGGAAGUGGAUCAGCCGGGACUUGAACUGGUGCCUAUAUGGGAUACUGGCGUCGCAGGUGGAGGCUUAACCUACCACACCACAGCACCAGCCCCAGCGUGCAGAUUCUACAGAAAGGUGCUGUCUGUGUGCAAGAUACUAAAGGUGUCCCUGCCAGACAGACUGAAGUGGGACCACACGGAUCAGUGAUAAUCGGGAGUCUGGCAGUUUGGUUUUCAAUCUCAUACAUAUGUCCUACUCUGGAGGUGUGAGGGCUAAAGGUAGAGGGAGCUGUUCACUGGAGUGAGUGCCCUUGGGCCCUGUGGUGUGGUGAGACUCAUGGACUGGCAAUGGUCUGUCUGUCAGGGAAGAGCUCAGCCCUGGCAUGGUGAGUGGAAGCAGCAUGGAGGCCUCACCAUGCCAGGCCUCAGGGAGCUGGCCUACAUGGUCUACAGCCUUGGAACUCCCUCCGAGUUCGUGGGUUGCUGGUCUUGGAACCUGUUUCCUGCCUCAAGGUUUAAGGCCCCAAGAAGAUUGCAAAUGGCAUCCAGAGGAAUUGUUGUGAUCUAAGAGGACUGCUCACCCCCACUGUCUAUUAGCGGGUACAUUUGAGGUUGGGAUAAAAUUCUCAUCAUAGAAAGAUGAUUGAAUAGGAAUUCUUGCACAGUUUGGGGCCCUAUAAAAAGACUUUUCGUAAUUAGGGCAGGAGGGCAUUAUAUUCAAGAGCCACUCACACAUUCACCAGGUAAUUACUGAGUGUCUCUUAUGUGCAUGGCAUUCUUCUAGAUGCUUAGAAUAGAGCAGAAGAGAAGAGUCAAAAUCCCUGCCUUCAUGCAACAGUUAUUCUAUCACAGAUUUGAAGGACGGCAGGCAGCUUUAGACAGCAUCUUCUCUGUGGUGUUUCAGAAACCAGAUUCCAUAGCUAUUCCACUUGAGGCACGUAUCCCCAGGGAAUGUCCAAAUAUGUGCAAGAGAUAGAAACAAUGAGGUUCAUUGAACCUGUUCAUAAUAGGGACAGUUGCAAACAAUCUAAAUGUUAUUAGAGAAAAGAAUAGAUAGAGGAGGUUUGCUUAUUGCACAGUGUUCAAGUCCAGUGGCAUAGUGUGGGGACUCUGGUGCCACACUUCAGGCUUUUAUCCAACUGUCGCACUGACUGGCCUUAACUUCUUUAUGUGUAACAUGGGGAUUUAUAACAGUACUUGUUUCCCAGGCCAGUCUGAGUGUGCGGUACACAAUAAGCAUGCACCUAAUAAAUAUUAGCUCUCUUUAUUUUGUGGAUAAUAGACUAGUAAGUAGCAGUUAGAAGGAAUGAACUAAGGCUAUUAUCAACAUGAAUCGACCUAAAAAUGUAAUGUUCCUUCAUUUUUUUCAUUCAACAAGUAUUUAUUGAGUGUCUACUAUGUUCCAGGCAGUGUUCUAGAUACUUGGGAUUCACCAGUGAACAAAACAAAGAUCCUGCCCAUGUGGACCUUGUAUGCCAGAGGUAGGGAAAUGAUGUAAAGUAUAAGAAAAUUCUAUGUGAUGGUAGGAGGUGAUAAGUGCUGUGGAAAAAGGAUGGGGGAGCACCGCUAAAGGUGUUUGGUACUGCUGGGUUAAGUUGGGGUGUAGAUUGAAUGCUAAGCCAACAAAACAAACAGGAGAAAAUGUUAACAAUUAUUAGCCACAGAUGGUAGGUAGAUAGGAGUUUUUCAUGUUAAUUCUUGUAUCUUUCUCUAUUUUCAAUUUUUAUUUCUCAAAAGUUCCUGAUAUGAAAGAAAAAAGAUAUAAACAGGAACCAGAAAUAUGAAGGGAGUUGGUUAAGAAGCCAAAAAAAAAAAAAAAUCAAGAAGGAACAAAAUGAGAUAUAAAUAUAUUUUUAAAAAAGAAUCUAAAAUGAAUGUUGGAAUUUUAAGGUCCAUUAAGAGAUAGAGAUGAACAGAA